AUGAUAAAGAGUAAAGAAUUUCCAAACAAAAUUUUAAAAUCUCCAAAUGGGGACGAUGUUUUGAUUGAAAUCCAAGGAAAGCUUUAUUCCCCUCAACAAAUAACUUCUUUUAUUUUAAUUAAAUUAAAAGAAAUGACAGAAAAUUAUUUAAAUAAAAAAGUUGGGGAUGCAAUAAUUACUGUUCCAAAUUAUUUUAAUUAUUCACAAAAACAAGCAUUGAAACAAGCUGGGGAGCUUGCUGGAAUGAAAAUUUUACGUUUUGUUUCUGAUUCUAUUGCUGCAGCAUUUGGUUAUGGAUUGGAUUGUUAUUUGAGAGGUGCUGUUUGCAAAUUAAAUGGAGGCUCUUUUGAAUUUUCUGUUUUGAAGCUGAGAUAUUUUGGUUAUGAAAUUGUGUCAAAUAAAUAUGAUACUUGCCUUUCUGGAGAGGCUUUUAAUAAUGUUAUUGAUUCUAUAGCAAUUCAACGUUUACGUGAAGCUGCUGAAAAAGCAAAAUGUGAACUUUCUAAUUCUACUCAAAUUGAAAUUAUUCUUCCAAAUAUUAUUGCUGAUACUAAUGGAGAACUUAAGCAUUUUCAAAUAAUAUUAACUCGUUCUAAAUUUGAACAACUAACUUUAAAUUUAACACAAAGAUUUGUGGAAAUGUGUCAACAAAUAAAAGAAGAAAUUAAACCGGAAGUAGAACAACGAUCUUUAGAUAGCGAACUUGUAUCACAGAAUCGUGAGGAGGAUUUACCUUCUACUGGUUUCGACAGGGUUUUACUUGUUGGAGGGAUGACUAGAAUUCCGAUGGUUUACAAAUUUCUUAUUUAUUUUUGUGUUUGUCGGUUGUUUUAUGGUGAUAUGUGGACAGAUAAAUCAAGUCUUCCACGGCGUUAUAUUGAGAAAAGUGAAAUAUUUAAUUCCCGACUUGAAGAAGGAGCACUUGCAAUUGGAGCUGUUUAUUCGGGUGUAUUUCUUGGUGAUAUAAGUUAUUUUGAUAACAGACGAACAUCUAAAAACGAAAUUAUUAAAAUGGCCUCUCAAAAAAUGUUUAUCGGAGAAAGAAAUAGAGAUGAAGAGGAUGCCGCUAAAUUAUUUUGGGAGGCUAUUGUAAUUUAUGUUAAGGAAUAUUAUUCUUCAUUACAUAUUGAUAUUCAAUCACGUAAUGCAAUAAAAGGAUUGGGUUAUUUCGCUUUAAGACAUACUGAUCGAGGAAUUCCUCAUGGCCACAGUGCAAUCUAUCUUUCUGAUGAUAUUCCUAAACGUGGAGCUUGCUGGGUCUUUGAAGGUGAACAUGAACGUCUGUGCAAAGCUGCUUUUAAUUUUUUCAAGAAUUUUUUGUUUAUUAACAAAAAGAAAGUUUGGUCUAAAUUAAAGCCUUAUGUAUUAGGAAAGAAAUUAGUAACGGAAGAAAAAGAAGAUUUGAUAAAUAAAGAUUUUCAAAAACUCAAAUUUAAAAGAAUAUCGACUCGAAAAAGAAAAGGUUUAGGAAAGCAAAAAUUGAAAAAAUAUUUUUUGUUUAAAGCAUAUUAA